AGUAUAAACACGCGCACACACUGUACAUGACUGUACACGUAUAUACGCGCUUUCAGCUUAUUGUGCAUUGUGUAUAUACUUCUGCAGUGCAGUGGACAGAGUGGCUAUAUAGUAGUGGGUACGGACUUGAUUAGUACCCAAAUAUCGCAUAUUCUUUAUUUCGUAGUUUAGUCAUAAUUUUCUUUAUCUUGCAAGUGAGUUCAACGAAAUUCAAUCGGAUAGCCUGCAGUUAUACUUUUGUAUGAAUUUACAUGUAUAAUAUACAUAUACAGAAGCUGUAACCGAAGCAGUGAAAAUGUCUUCGGUACAGCGAGCUUUUGCUCACAAAUUGAGCAAACAACAUGCGGCCGACGUUCGUCGUCAAAUUGCUUCAUCGACAUCCUACUCUAGGGAACUGUCAAAGAGCGGAAGUAACUUUUCAGGAUUCUCAUCGACUAUGUCUCUGUGCGAGGUAGUUGAACCACUAGACUACGAAGAGUUCUUAGCUCAGCAUCAAACUGUUUUGGAUCGCGAUCCACUCAAAUCAAUUUUGGAUUUUCCUCCAAAUGAUGUUGAGCUUCGAGUAGUGAAAAGGAAGAUACGCACAGAAGAACCUGUAGUUCCUUCAGAAUCUAUCGAGUCUGUGUCACCAUAUGUAAAAAGAUGCAUCGAAAGUUUUACUUCAGAUUGGGUGGUUGUACAUAGGAAAUUCAGAGGUAGAGCUUCACCAAUAGCUAGAGAUAGACUAGUUCAAGAAACACCCAGACAAGAUUUUGAGGUUGAUCAAGAGGAAAGUAAUGGUUCAGGAUCACCUAACGAGGAAGAAUCUGAUGCAUCACAGUGCGGAUCAUCGCAAGAUACUCCAAGAGGAUCAUGGGCUAGUUUAGAUCUUCGUCACUCUCAACAUGAUCCUCUUCUUCCAAGUCUUCUUGAUAGAGUUUGCCCUGAAACAAUAGAUCAAAUGAAUGAACAAAAACGUUUGGAGGAUCGACAAGAAGCACUGUUUCCGCUUUAUGCCUUACCAACACCUUCCGAUGAUGAGUGGCAAGAGAUCACUCUAGCUUCUGAGCCAUGUGAACCGUUUGCUCAUAAAAUACUUGUGAAAUGCCUUCAAUUAAAAUUGGAACUAGAAGUAGAACCAAUAUUUGCAUGCCUUGCUUUGUACGAUUCAAAAGAGAAAAAGAAGGUGUCGGAAAAUUUUUACGUCGACAUGAAUUCGGAAGCCUUGAAGAGAAUGUUGGGAGGUCAUGUCGCUUACAGUGAUCCUAGUACUCUAGCAAGAAGCUGUGUUAUGAACAUUAGUAAGCCAAGUCCCGAUCUUUUUCUUGUUAUUCGGCUAGAAAAAGUACUCCAAGGUGACAUUUCGGAAUGCGCGGAGCCUUAUUUGCGUGACGAUAAAAAUAAAGAAAAGGUAAGAGCCGCAGCAGCUGCGGCUUGUGAACGACUCGGUCGCUAUCGUAUGCCUCUGGCAUGGACAGCGAUUCAUCUGUCUGGAGUUAUUGGCGGAGGUGGAGAAGCAGAUAGUACUGGGAGUGCAGGGUCUCUGGACAGAAAAUCAGGUGGCCUUGAACAGUGGCGCAAAAAAGUGGAGCCUCCCACGCGGCGGGGGUCGCUCGAACGUCGUAGUUCGGACAAAAGACGAAGCUGGUCACCGGAUGACUUAGCUAAUUGCUUGGAUAGUUUUAGGCCGAUAACAUUGACGGUAUCUAGUUUUUUCAAACAAGAAAGUGAAAGACUACGUGAUGAGGAUCUGUACAAGCUUUUGGUAGAACUAAGGAGGCCAGGUUCGAAUCUGAAAAGAUUGAAGUGUUUACCAGGAAUUCUAAAAUUAGACUUGAGUCCACGUCCUGACGAGUUACCUCGAUGCUUGGACCCAGAUUUAAGAAGAUUGACGCCUUACCCUGAUGAAAAAAGCCGUCCUGUUAAAGAAAUACUCGAAUUUCCCAGCGAAAUCGUUUCGCCAGAUCUUACAUACCGCAAUCUGCUUUACGUUUAUCCAAAAGAAGUUAACUUUAGCUCUAGAACUGGCUCAGCCCGUAAUAUUGCAGUACGUGUGCAAUUGAUGGGAGGAGAGCAGGAAGACGAAGCUUUGACAGCGAUUUUUGGACGAUCUUCGUGUCCAGAAAUGACGCACGAAUAUUACACGUCCGUUUCGUACCAUAAUAAGAAUCCUAAUUUCUAUGACGAAAUAAAAAUUAGAUUACCUGCAGAUCUUAGCGCACGACAUCAUUUGCUGUUUACUUUUUAUCACAUUAGUUGUCAGAAGAAAGCUGAACAACCUAACGUAGAAACGCCCGUAGCUUACACUUGGCUACCGCUAUUAAGGGAUGGACAUUUACAAUCCGGAGAAUUCAGCUUGCCGGCAAUGCUGGAUCCUCCACCAGCGAAUUAUUCUUAUAUUGCACCCGAUGUUCUUUUACCCGGAACACGGUGGGUUGAUGCUCACAGAGGUGUUUUUACUCUCAUACUCGAGCCUGUUUCCAGUGUUCACCCUCAAGACAAGUACAUUGACAGAUUCCUGUCCCUCUGUGGUGCCUUGGAAUUGGGCCAAGUGCCUCCGCGCAUUGGCGAAGCUGGCAUGGAGUCCGAGCUCAAGUCUGCUUUGCUCGAGUUGUCUCGCACUUCGAACACUGCGCUCAUACGCUCUCUACCUCAGAUAUUCGACCAACUAGUGUCUUUGCUGGUUCGGCCACCAACAUUGCCGUCGCAGCCGUUAAACGUUGCGGCUACCGUUUUCGAAGCCAUCGGUCUUCUCGUGCGCAAUAUCACAAACUUACAGGAUGGCCAAGUCGACGCACAUGGCAGACAUCCGUUGUUAACAACGUAUACUGCCUAUCAGUGCUUCCUACCGCAGAUGACACAGGGCUCGGGAGUUGCUAGAGCUCAAAGUAAUCCGGAUUUACCCAUCGAGGAUCUAGAGAUGGAGAUUCAUUCGAGAGGACUGGAUCGUACCGCUUCGAUGAGACAGGAUCCGAUUCACAUGAAUAAUCAAUGCGUUCCGUCAUCGCGCAGAUUACUUCACGAGGAGUUGGCGUUGCACUGGGUAGUAUCCACUGGCCAAGCACGCGAACUUGCCAUCACUCACUCUUGGUUCUUCUUGGAACUGAUCGUUCGCUCGAUGGUCGUGACUCUGUCGGAGUUCGGAUUACUCGACUCUCCUCGCAAGACUCGCUUCUCACCCCAGUUUUGCGACGACGUGUCGACGCUCAUCGCCGCGUUAACUACUGAAGUAAUCAACCGCUGUGGUAAGGAUCAGCGUGUUGCCUCGAAUCUCACCGCUAGUCUCGGCAACUUCUUGUCCGAUCUGUUGUCCAUCAUGGAUCGUGGAUUCGUGUUAUCUUUGCUCAGGGCCACCUGCUGCUCUCUUGCGGAUGCCACGAUGCAGGUACCGGAUUCGGCAGCUCUCUUCGCUCUAAAACUAGACCUUGUACGAACAGUCUGCUCCAACGAGCACUACGUCGCCCUGAAUCUUCCAUUUGGAACGGGCUAUACUUCCGGCUCGGCUCCAGCUUCUCCAAGUCCCUCGACUGGUAGCUCUGGUAGCCUCAUCUCCACCUUGGUACCCGGUGACCGCGCAAGGUUCUCCGAGCUCAGUCAAGAAUUCCGUCAACAACAUUUCCUCGUUGGUCUUGUACUGCUGGAUUUAUCCAACACCCUGGAGAUCGCCAAUCCAAUGCUGCAGAACAAAGCGAUCGGCACGAUCCGUUAUCUCAUGACCUGUCACGACGCCGACCCUCGCUACGCUGAUCCUGCAGCCAAAGCACGAGUUGCGGCUCUGUAUCUGCCGUUAUUGAACAUUUUGAUGGACGCACUACCUCAACUCUAUCACUGGGACUCGAAAGAAAAGAGCGUGUACACCGACGAGUCUGGAUCCAUAACGCAGUCGGUUGCGUUGGCUAUAGCUGGUGGUGGAUCGGUUGAUGUGACUGGAGCGCAAUGCAGGGUCUCUCUCAGCUCGGAGGCUACCAGACACCUGCUGAUGUGUACUCUGUGGAUCGUGAAAUCAUUGGAGAAGUCUGCGCUGGCUCAGUGGAUUUCAGAACUUAGCAGCCGGAGGGUACUCAGCAUUCUACAAGUUCUGAAUAUCGCGAGUGCUGCAUUCGAAUACAAAGGCAAGAAAGCAUUGAAGAGGCUUCCCUCGCAAGCGGCAGUUACCAGUGAUAUCAGAUCGAGGCUAGAAGAUGUGAUCUUAGGACAGGGCAGCGCCAGGAGCGAGCUGAUCAUGAGGAGGAAGGAGAGGGCGAGCGGAGAUAAACUGAGAUGGAGGAAGGAUCAAAUGGCUUACCGUGUUUCGGAACAACCAGAAGGAAGAGCAGUCGAACAAGACGCUCAUAUCGAAGGAGCAUUAGCGGCCGAAGCUUCCCUUGUGGUGUUGGAUACUCUCGAGACAAUCGUUCAAGCGGAUGGUGGGGGAGGUGUGGUGGUUGGAGGCGUUUUGAAAGUAUUACUGCGAGCCUUGGCGAGAAAUCAAAGUACUCUGGUAUUACAACACAUGUUUAAUACUCAAAGAGCUCUAGUCUUUAAAUAUCACAGUGCUCUCUUUGACGAAGAAGAGAGCGAGAGAUGCGGCGAUCUAUGCUUGACAUUGUUGACAAGAUGCAGUUCACCACUGAGCGCCGUUCGCAGUCACGCCUCUGCCAGUUUGUAUUUACUGAUGCGACAGAACUUCGAAAUCGGAAAUAAUUUCGCGAGAGUCAAAAUGCAAGUGACAACUUCGCUCUCCGCACUGGUGGGUCGGGGUAGAGCGCCUAGCGAGGGUGCCCUCCGCAGAGCCCUAAAGACUGUCUUAGUUUAUGCUGAAAAAGAUACAGAAUUAGCUGAUACCAGCUUUCCAGAGCAAGUCAAAGAUUUGCUAUUUAAUCUUCACAUGAUUCUCUCUGAUACCGUGAAAAUGAAGGAGUUCCAAGAGGACCCAGAAAUGCUUCUCGAUCUGAUGUACAGAAUCGCCAAAGGUUACCAAGGCUCGCCAGAUCUACGUCUGACCUGGCUGGCCAACAUGGCGCAGCAGCACAUGGAGCGUAAGAAUCACACCGAAGCUGCAAUGUGCCUGGUGCACAGCGCUGCCUUGGUAGCCGAGUAUCUGCACCUGCUGGAACCAGGUGGCGGUGGUCGACCGAUCGGUGCCGUGGCGCUCAGUCCUAUUUCUCCCAAUGCCCUCGAAGAGAGCGCUGUGGGUGACGACGUGCUGGCCAGACGAGAAGAGGGUCUUUGCUUGGGACCUGACUUCUCCGAAAGCGGUUUGGCUGGUCUCCUCGAGCAUGCAGCGAGUUCUUUCCAUGCUGCUGGCAUGUACGAGGCUAUACCCGACGUGUACAGGGUGCUGCUACCCAUCGCUGAAGCUGCUCACGACUACAAGAAACUGGCCAACAUUCAUGGGAAAUUACACGAGGCGUACACGAGAAUCGAGCAGCUAGCGGGUAAACGAGUAUUCGGAACCUACUUUAGAGUAGGCUUUUACGGGGCGAGAUUUGGGGAUUUGAACGCCGAAGAGUUUAUUUACAAAGAGCCGACUUUGACCAAAUUGCCGGAGAUCUUUUCGAGGCUCGAAAAUUUCUACGCCGAAAGGUUUGGGUCCGAAAACGUGGUUAUCAUCAAAGACUCGAAUCCGGUCGAUCCGAGCAAGUUGGAGUCGGACAAAGCUUACGUCCAAAUCACCUACGUCGAGCCAUACUUCGAGCCGCACGAGAUGAGACAUCGGCCGACUGUUUUCCAUAGAAACUUCAAUAUACGGCGAUUCGUAUACGCGACACCAUUCACACCUGGAGGUAAAGCUCACGGAGAGCUGCGCGAACAAUGCAAACGCAAGACCAUAUUGACAGUCGCGACACAUUUCCCAUACUUGAAAACGAGAAUUCGCGUUGUCGCAAGAAAACAGAUAGUGCUCAGCCCCAUCGAAGUGGCUAUAGAAGACAUUCAAAAGAAGACUGCAGAGCUGGCUGCAGCGACGGUUCAAGAACCACCGGACGCGAAAAUGCUACAAAUGGUGCUACAGGGCUGCAUUGGCACGACCGUCAAUCAAGGACCUGCCGAAGUCGCCAAUGUAUUUUUGUCAGGACUGAGAGAACAGAACGUUCAGCCUUCCAAGCUACAACACAAGCUUCGCCUUUGCUUCAAAGACUUCUCCAAAAAAUGCCUGGACGCUCUUCGCAAGAAUAAAAACUUGAUUGGACCUGAUCAGCGGGACUACCAGCGAGAGUUGGAGAGGAACUACCAGAGGCUGACCGAGAGGCUCACGCCUUUGAUUGCCUGGAGCGGUCCGUCUCCAACGAGUCAGCUGCCAAUAAAGUCGGCUUCGCCGAACUGGUAAACCGGAGCUACUGCAUUGGAUGUAUCUAUGCCAAAGAGCAACUUUUUAGCGAGCACCUUAUACAAUACAGAAAUGCAAUUUCGUUAUAUUCCCGUCAGCAAUCGAAGUAUUCCUCGUAAUAUAUUUUACGCAAGUAUCUAUAUGUACCGUAUGUAUUAAACGCGCAUAUCAUUAUAUAUGUUUUGACAAUUGGUGUAUUUAUGUCUGUGAUUCUUAUCGAUUAGACACGUAGUUUUGCGUACGUGACUUUUUCACGCAUCUCUAUGCAGAAUACUUGACAAACCAUUUUUGUAACGCAAAGUAUUAAUAAAUUUGUAACAAAAACA